AUGCUAUUCCCGCGCGCGCACUCAGUCCCGCGCGUCCGGAUUGCGUGCAGAGGCUCUGCGACGAGAACGGCCACUCCCUUCGCCACCCUUGGACUGCUUGCUUCGGCUGGCACUGGCACUCCUGGGCCGCAGACCCGUGCUGGAGCUGCAUUCCUGCCUCUGGCCCACGUUCGCGGCAAGAAGACCAAAACCGUCGUGACGCUGGGCGAGCUGCCUCAGGGCCUCAUCGUCGCUGAGCCGCCCUUGCCCCUUGCCGCGGCGGAGGCCGAGGAUAGCCCCGCCUACCCGACUGUGGUCCUGCAGGCCCGCCGCAACAUGCUAAAGUUUGACAACUGCGUGCUCCUCACGCGUGUCGGCGGCUUCUACGAGCUGUACUUUGAGCACGCUGACGAGUAUGGCCCGCUCCUGAAUCUCAAGGUCGCCCAGAAGCGGACUAGCGCUGGCCCCGUGCCCAUGGCCGGGUUUCCCUUCUUCCAGCUAGACCGUUUCCUCAAGGUCCUGGUCCAGGACCUCAACCGCCACGUAGCCAUCGCAGAGGAGUUCCCUAACGGUCCCUCCGAAAAGGUCAAGUCGGGGGGGCUGCUGCAUGACCGCAGAGUAGCCCGCAUCGUCACCCCCGGCACCCUCAUCGACGAGAACUUCAUGGACCCGUAUGCAAACAACUAUGUCAUGGCCAUCCACCUCCCAGAGGCUAGGGCAUCCGGGCCUGCUCCCUCUUCUACCGAAGACGGCAGUAGUAGCCCAUCACAUGGUGACUCGGCCUUGGUGGGCGUCGCCUGGCUCGACCUGUCAACGGGCUGUUUCUAUACACAGCCGGCGACGCUCUCGUCGCUAGGCUCCGUGCUGGCGCGCGUGUCUCCCCGCGAAGUCGUGUUGGACAAGGCCCUCGAGGCCGGCCCGAGUCACUCGGUCCUGUCCAUCCUCGCCGAGGAGAGGUACCUCGUAACGUAUUCUCCCCAGGGCGAGCUGCAAACCUUGUCCGAGUGGGCGCCCAUGCUCGAGUCUGAGAUCCCGGCUCAGACGGCCGAGCAGUUCACCGAGGACGAGGUGCGGGCCGGCAGCCUGUUGCUGCACUUUGUAAAGGAGCGCUUGCGGGGGCUCAGCAUGAAGCUGCAGCCUCCGCUCCGCUUCGAGAGCAUGCAGGUCAUGGGCAUCGACAAGAAUAGCAUGCGGUCGCUGGAGAUCAAGCAGACCAUCCGGGACAAUGUGUUUCGGGGAAGCCUGCUGCACGCCAUCCGACGGACCCGUGUGUGUGCCAUAGGCUCCCCGUCCACCUCGUUGGAGGUCAUCAACCUAAGGCAGGAGCUUGUCUCUUGGUUCAUCCAAGAGGAGGAUCUCCGAGACUCGAUCGUCAUCCUCCUGCGCCGAAGCCACGACUCGCAGCGUCUCGUGCAGAAGUUCGCCAUGAACCGCGGCGAGCCGGACGACCUCCUCCGGCUUGCCAGCACCGUCAAGGCAACUGAGGACAUUGUCAACCUGCUCCAGGCUUCCAUCGCCUCCCACAAACUAGAGGAGCAGCCACCACCGUCGUCGUCGUCGCCAUCUCCCACAAAGCCCAGCCAGCAGGCUGAUUGCCUAUCGACCAUGAUCGGCCGCAUCAGCUUGGACCAGCCGUUGCAGCUAGCGCAGCGCAUCAAAGACGCCAUCGACGAGGAGGGCCUCGUGCAGCAGCACCAGAUCGAAGACAGCGAGGCGGGCGAGAUGAUUGCGCUGGCACAGGAGAUCGUCAAGACCGAGGGCACCGACGCGGACGGCCUGCUGCUGCCCAAGGGGGCGGCGACGAGUUCGGCGGCGGCGGCGGCCAAGAGUGGCAAGAAGAGAUCUGCUGCCGCAACGACGUCCCUCCGCGACCACUACGGCGAGGACAACGAGGUGUGGAUCAUGAAGCCCAACGCCUCGCCGGGCCUGGCCCGCCUGCACAAGGAGCUGGCAGCGCUCUCGCAGGACCGGGCCGAGCUGACCGAGACGCUGCGCGCGCGUCUCAACGCCGCCAGCCUAACGCUCCGCUGGACGCCCGGGCUCGGCCACAUCUGCCACGUCAAGGGCAAAGACGUCGCUGCCGCGGCUACUACCACGACACUAUCAGCAAGCCGGUCGACGCGCUCGUUCCACCAGCCCGAGUGGACGGCGCUAGGCGAGCGGCUCGACAAGGUGCGGUUCCAGAUGCGCGCGGCCGAGCAGCGCGUGUUCGCGGCGCUGCGCGAGCAAGUCGUGCUGAGCCUGGUCAAGCUGCGGCGAAACGCCGCCGUGCUGGACGAGCUCGACAUCGCCACGUCGUUUGCGCGGCUCGCCAUCGAGAAGGGGCUGACGCGCCCCGUGCUCAAGGACAACACCAACACCACUAACACUAACAACACGACAACACAACAGACAAUAAUCAUGGGCGGUCGCCACCCGACCGUCGAGGGCGGGCUCGCCGAGCAAGGGCGCACGUUCCAGCGCAACGACUGCCUGGUCGGCGCGCCAGGCCACGGGCGGGCGUGGCUGAUCACGGGGCCGAACAUGGCGGGCAAGUCGACGUUCCUGCGGCAGAACGCGCUCAUCACUGUGCUGGCGCAGAUCGGCUGCUACGUGCCGGCCGACUACGCCGAGCUGAGCGUGGUCGACGCCAUCUUCAGCCGCGUCGGCUCGGCCGACAACCUGUUCCAGGACCAGAGCACCUUCAUGGUCGAGAUGCUCGAGACGGCCGCCAUCCUGCGCCAGGCCACGCCGCGCUCCUUUGUCAUCAUGGACGAGGUCGGCCGCGGCACCACGCCCGAGGACGGCACCGCCGUGGCUUUUGCUGCUCUGCACCACCUGGUCCACGUCAAUAGGUGCCGGGUGUUGUUUGCAACGCACUUUCACAAGAUCGCAGACUUGGUGACUGAGCGCGGCAUGCGCUUGGAGGAUGGGGGGACAGCAGGGUCCGUGGAGACGUACUGCACCGAUGUGAAAGAAGACGAACAUAGCGGCUUUGUUUACGUUCACAGAUUACGAAAGGGUGUCAACCGGCAAAGUCACGCGCUUAAAGUGGCCCGUCUGGCAGGACUGCCAGGGCCCGCUAUACGGAUUGCUCAGCAGCUCCUCGGGGAUCUACCAGUGGGCACAUUGAGAGACUACGAGACGCAUAAACCGGCGGCAAUUGUAUCAUAG